AAAUUCAUAAUGGACAUGAAGGUAGGAGGUCGAUAUAAACUUGGAAAGAAGUUAGGAAGUGGGGCUUUUGGUGAAAUCUAUCGAGGUAUUAAUGUAAAAACCGGUGAGAAUAUGGCUGUGAAGCUUGAGAAUGUCAAGACUAAGUACCCUCAACUCUAUUAUGAAGCUAAGCUGUAUAAAUACCUCAAAGGUACUGAAGGGGUCCCUAAUGUCUACUAUUACGGCAUUGAAGGAGACUAUAACUGCCUUGUUAUAGAUAUGUUGGGACCUUCUCUUGAAGACCUCUUUGAUUACUGCAAGAGGAAGUUCUCUCUUAAAACUGUUCUGAUGAUUGGUGACCAUAUGAUCAAAAGGUUAGAAAGUCUUCACAACAAGUGAUUCUUGCAUAGGGAUAUAAAGCCUGACAAUUUCUUAAUGGGUCUAGGCAAACAUCAGCAUUUAGUAUUUAUGAUAGAUUUUGGACUUGCCAAACGGUAUAAAAAUCCUAGAACAGGUGACCAUAUUCCCUACAGAGAUGGCAAGAGCUUGACAGGCACAGCGAGAUAUGCCAGUGUUAACACCCAUAUAGGGGUAGAACAAGGAAGAAGAGAUGACCUUGAAUCUGUAGGAUUCGUGCUUAUCUACUUCCUAAAAGGUAAAUUACCUUGGCAAGGCAUUACAACAAAGACUAAGAAGAGCAAAUACGAUCUCAUCAAACAGAAAUAAAAUAUCAACUUCUGUUGAUCAGCUUGUUAAAGGACUCCCUAAGGAGUUCGGAUUAUAUAUGGAUUACUGAAGAGGCCUCAAAUUUGAAGAAAAGCCUGAUUAUAUUCAAUUGCGAAAAUAUCUGCAAGAUAUAUCAGAGAGAAUGAACUAUGAGCAUGAUUAUUACUACGAUUGGAUUAUUAAGAAGAAUAGCAAAAUCAGUGUGCCUAUUCCUCCCAGAAUCAAAGCAGCAGAUGAGGAGCCUAAAAAACCUAAAGCUAUAACAGAUAUGAAACCCCCUCUGAAUACAAAUAUAAUGAAUAAAGUGCGUGGGAACUCUGUUGAUGCUCCAAUUAUCAGAAGGGAUACUUACAAUAAUCUCAAGAACUUGAAUUGGGUGUCAAAUCCUUACAAUCAGACUAAGUAUGGCUCUAUCAAUCCCAUUAUUGGUUUGACAUAUCGAGAUUUUAACCCACGAAGUAGUCAAAGAGACCCUCCUACAAAUAUGGUGACUACAACAGGAAUGAUAUCUCACCUUCCUCCAAAAGGAGAGAAGGUUGAAAAGUUCGGAGCUUCAGCUCUCAAUUUUAGAAGUGAUCGUCCUUUACGGAAUAUUUCAUCAAACACAUACAUGGGUAUUCUCGGAGCACCUGCUUUGAAAAAGAGCCACACUAGUGACUAUUUCAACCAGCCUCCGAAGGCAGAGCUCAUGAAUAAGAGAUCUUCUCAACAAAUUGCCACAGGGAGGGGAUAAACAGAAAUUUACAGUUACAGAGGAAUUCAAAGGGUAGCUUAAGAAAGCUUAACCUGUUGCUAUUAUUUGGAUUGUAGAAAUAGUGUCAAAGGUCAUAAUUACUCGUAUUCUUACCUAACUA